CGAGCGCAUGAUAACUAGUAGUGCAUGUUCUAUUAUAUUCUCCGAGAAAACACAGGCUGCAUGGUUCGAGAAAGGAAGAAGGUGUCGCUGUCCGUUGUGCACGGUGAUUAGUGACUGGUCACUCACGAGAGAGCAUCAGGGCAUCGGUGUGAGACGCCAACGAGGAGCAUCCAGGUCUCACUUCCCGGAGCGCGCGCCAGGUGGACGCAUGCUUGCUGUGAAAGAAUCACCUCCUCGUCUCUUGCUGUCUUCCUGUUCCUGAUUUAUUCUCAUUUCAUUUGGAGCGUCCUCCAGCGAUGAUCCAUCCUGGACGCAUGUCACGCGCAUAGCAAGCAACAGCCAACAGUAGUCAUGGCCGAGAUGAUGGAAGUGAUCAAGAAAGAGCAAGAAGAAGAUGGUACGGCUCAGAGCCUGAGCCUGGAAGAGGGAGGCGCCAAGAAGGUCGUCGGCGGCGGCCACGAGGAGGAGCCGUCGCCGUCCGGGAAGGCGAAGAAGAAGACGAGGAAGCAGGGCGUCUCCGACCCGCAACGGAAGCGCGCCUGCGUGGACUGCACCAGGCGAUGCGCCCGAGUUCACGGCCGCGCCACCGCUUCCUCCUCCGGCCAGGCUCCCCCGGCCCCGGUCGCCACGCCGCCGUCCUUCUUCAAGGUCAUGACGGGCUCCUUCUCCGAAAAACUGGUACAUGUAUGUGCACUGCAAUGGUUCGGAGAUUCUUCACCGGGGAUGCACCGGUGCAUGCAGGACGUGCCGCCCCCGUUUGCCAAGAACAUUUCGGGCCUGGCGGACACCAACGUCUACCUCGAAGACGCCUUCGGGCUCCGCUGGCGGGUGUACGUGAGCUCGCGCGACGGCCGCCUGUCGUUCGGGCACGGAUGGAGCAACUUCGUGCUGGACCACGCCGUCGCCGUCGGCGAGUUCCUGGUGUUCCGGCACAUCACCAGGUCAGUCUUCGUCGUCCAGAUCUUCGCUAAAUCCGCAUGUGAAAGGCUGCAUCUGUGCGAGAAGAACAAGAGGCAGAGCAAGAAGAGGAAGAAGCCCCAGGAGAAGGCGAGCUCCGACGGCGAUCGCACGGCGAAAGCAAGCAAGAAGAGCAGCAAGGAUAAAGAUAGGAAAAGCAGUAAAAAGAAGCAGCGUGCUUGUGAUCUGUUAGAUGGUGAUCAGGAUAGAGCUCACGGAGAUCAAGGUCAAGAUCAAGAUCACAUGGUGCUGAUAAGCACAGCAAACACUCAAGCUGAGAACUGUGGGGGCUCUGACUUUGGGACUUAUGCAGAACCGACAACACCUUUGGCCAUGAUGGAUCUCGACGAUGAGAUCACGGACGACAUAUUUCUGACAGCCGAUGCAUACGAAUUCGAAACUGAUCUCUGUAUUCCAGAAGAACCAGGAGUAUUUCCUGUGGACAAUGGUAUUGGUAUGGAAGCGCCCGUUACCCGGGGCCAAACUUCCGGUUUCAGCUGCGCCGAGAUGAUCGGCUCACGGAACUGCGACUCUUCCGUUGUCUGGCAUGGUGAGAAAUCAGCAUGCCUGAAAAAUGUACAGAUGGCUGAUGCACGGAGUACAGAUACUAAUGCUCCAGUUCUUGACAUGGACAUGGCCACCUUGCCCAGCUACGCGUUGUCGCAAAUUACAGAGCACAAGCCCUUUCCUCGUAUUGAUGCAGCAGAUCCUCCUAGUGAAUGCGCAACCGGCAAUUGCAAGAAGGAUACAGAUUAUAAGUUUAUGGAGUUCCUUUCCGAGGGCAACCAAAGAUUAUUUCUGGUGGCUCAAAGCCUGGUGAACGUGGCGAGCGCAGGCGAAAACGCCGUGUGCAACCUGCAGGAGUUCCCUUGCCGGAUGCCGGUGCUGCCGGGGAGGAAGAAGCAGGGGCGGAAGGUGGUGGUGCUGGAGGAUCCCGGCGGGAGGCGAUGGCCGGUGCUGUACCUGUGCACCCCGACCUUCAGCGGCUUCGUGGCCGGGUGGGCCGACGUGCGCGCGGAGAACGGCCUGCGGGAGGGCGACGCCUGCGAGCUCGAGCUCCGCCGCGGCAGCUACUCCGAGCUGGCGCUCCGAGUGCUGGGCGCGCCCGGUUCUACUUCUCAGUAGCCAGCCACCGUUGGCCUUGCAACUGCUGACGGUGGUGACCAGGGAGUGUCCUUGUAACUGUUGACUUCCUCUCGUCUUAGCAUCGUGUACGGGGGGAGACUGUAAAUGUGCGAAUCCGCGAGUAUUUUUCACUUUUCUUUCAAACGAGUAUUUUUCACAUGAGAGCUAUUUCUCGCCCGUUGUGAGACGGAGCUGUCUUUUUUAUCAAAAGGGAUU